CGCAGGGAGCUCAGGCAGUUGCAUCAUUCAGAGGACUUACCAGCUUGCACAACUUCUUUUUGGGUGCACAAGGGUGUUUGUGCAGCAGGAACUAAGAUUGAUUUGGGUCCCUGUGUCUAUCUGUCUAUGAGUUUGUAUAUGCUUUAGUUUUUUAUUCUAAGAUGAUUUUUUUAAUGAUACCUGCCCUCACACGGUGCUGAGAGCGUCUCUCCUAGUUAUGCUUUUCUCUUGUGAUUGAGAUUAUUGUCAGGGAGCUCGGAGUUUAGCAUAGGGAUUUCCUCAGAGAUCUCACAAUGCAAUCUUUAGCUGGGCGCUUUGACAUGGUGCAUAUAAUAACAUAGAAACAAAUUAGGUUUCCUUGAGAAUAAUAAGAGAUGGAAACUGGUAGUGUGUCACAUGGAAGGCUUCUUUGUGGUCUGGAUCCAAUCAGACUGUAGCAUUGAGUUCCUUUCUUCACUGGAACGUUCCUCUUGCUGUGAUUGCCAUGUACCCCUAUUCAAACAAACAUUUCAGUUAACGCCCCAAAAGUACUGAUUUAUAGGUUACAAUGUCUUGGGAAACCUUAGAGGACAUGAUCCAGAACUGCUCAGAGCUUGGUUCACAAUCCUGCAACAUCACUGGACUCAAUAAAACCUUGAACGACACUGGGAGCCAGAGGCUCUUUGUCACUGAGGAACUUCUUCUGAAGUUUCUAGGGCCUAAGAGAUCUUCUUUCUUCCUGCCCAUCUCCCUAGCCUACCUGCUCAUUUUCAUCUCAGGUGUGGCAGGGAACCUUCUUACCUGCACAGUGAUUGCCAAGCACAAGAAGAUGAGAACACCUACCAACCUCUAUCUUUUCAGCUUGGCCAUUUCAGACCUCUUGGUCCUGCUUUUCGGGAUGCCUCUAGAGACCUAUGAAAUGUGGCAGAACUAUCCUUUUCCAUUUGGCGCAGGAGGCUGUUAUUUCAAAACCUUCCUUUUUGAGACUGUUUGCUUCGCAUCAGUCCUUAACGUCACGGCUCUCAGCGUGGAAAGGUAUGUUGCGGUGGUCCACCCACUCAAGACCAAAUAUGUCAUGACCAACACCCAUGCCAAGAGGGUCAUCACUACUGUUUGGGUCAUAUCUUUGGUCUGUGCUAUUCCCAACACAUCUCUCCAUGGGAUGUACUACUUCUACCUCCCCACUCUAGAGAAAAUCGAAGAGUCGGCUAUGUGCAUGUUACUGAAGCCUAGGUGGAUCUAUAACCUGGUGAUCCAGAUCACUACAGUCUUCUUCUACUUCAUCCCCAUGACUAUCAUCAGUGUCCUCUACCUGAUGAUAGGCUGCCGUCUCAACAGAGAGAGGAAGUUCCCAGUUGGCAAGCUGGGGAAGAACUGCAGCACCAAAACCAGCUGGAAGAUCCACUUGGAGAGUGGGAGAAGGAGGCAGAUCACCAAGAUGUUGUGUGUAGUAGUGGUGGUAUUUGCCAUCUGCUGGGCUCCUUUCCACACAGACCGACUGCUGUGGAGCUUCAUCACUCAGUGGACGGACUUCAUGCACAAAGUAUUCCAGUACGUGCAUGUCAUCUCGGGGAUCUUUUUCUACCUGAGCUCCGCGGUCAACCCUGUCAUCUACAACCUGCUCUCCACCCGCUUCAGAGAACGCUUCAGAGAACUUGUGUGCAGUAACCAGGAGUCCAGUGUCUCCCGCAGCAGCUCCCCAGCUAUCUCCAAGAUCCGGAAGAGCCCAGCACUGGUUUACCAUGUGCCAACCAAACAGGAUGCUCCAAAGUUCCUCCAGCCUUCUGUGAGCUGGGAACAUGAGGACGAAACCACUUAUAUCUAAAGAAGAGACAUUUGCCAUUACCUUAUUGAGGGAACUAUAGUAGGUUCAUUAGGGUUAGUCAAUGCAGAGUUUGAUACUCAUGGUGGAAUUUUGCAAUCAUAGAAUCCAGUAGUGGGAAAUUCAUAAUGUUCUUUAUAAUGCAGCUAAUGUUUUAAAUUCAUAAAAAGCAGGUGCCAGUAAGUGUUCUCCUCUUUCAAGAGAUCACACUUAAAGCAAGAGUUAUCCAACCAGUUAUUAGUCUCCUCUGAAGACUAAAUUUAGUAAUGGAGUGAAGAGUGCAUGUGAACCAGUUAGUCUGGUUGCAAGGAAUGCCAACUUGACGCUGCAUUGUCUUUUAAGAAGCAUGCCUUGAGAAACACCAGAAAAAAAGAACUAGAUCUUUUUUUGCCUCUUUUAAAGUCUGUAUCAUUUAAUGUACCUCCAUUGAACUUAAGCCUCCAAGACACAACCAGGACCAUAAUUAAACACCCCACCCUUGUUUAGCUCCAAACAUGUAAAUGGAAUGUAAAUAUAGACUGCUUGUUUUUCUGUCGUCGACAUUUCAAAGAGAUAUUUUAUUUUUAUUUUUUAUUUGGAACAGGAAACACUACUAAGAAAAAGGCCAGCAAAGCUGCUGUUGUUUCAAAUGACAAUGUAUAGCCUACAGUAUCUCUAUGAUAUAACUACAUACUCAUUUUUUGUGUUUUAUACAUCUAAAGUAGUUUUAUUGUCAAAAUAGUGUUUAACAGUUGUUUUUAGUGUUUGCUUGUGUAAGUUAUCUUGCAUCAUGAUUUGUGAACUGUUUGUUUUUAUCUGCCUCUUGAACAAUUUUAAACAUGUAAAAGAAUAAAAGUACAGGUAACUUUUUUUUAUUUUUUAUUAGUUAGGAUUAGAGUGCCGUUAGUGUAUUUGUGAAAGUUAAACCUUAUAAUUUCUUAAUGAAAAAAAAAAAAAAUUUAAAUGACUUUUAGUGAUUACAAAUAACUGGUAGCCUACAUGUGUUGAUGCUAAUCAUGCUGUUUGCUCAGUAACUUGUUCACAAUCUCCUGGCUUUGUUAGAGAAGAGAGCAUCAUGCCUGUAUUGUUUGUUAUUAUUUGCUGGAAUAAAGUUGCUGA